AAGUCUAUUUGAUUUUUCAAAAAAUAACAAGGAAAACUGUGAAUAUACGUAAAUCAUUCUAAUAAAUUAAACUUAGAAAACGAAUAUUUUAAUUUCAUUGUUCCCUUAUAGUAUAUUAUUUUUUCCUAUUUUUAGAAAAAUGGAUAAAGAGAUCAAGAUCGAGAAGCAGGAGGAUGAAUUUGGAGAAUGUGAAUUUGAAACUAGCAACGUCAAAGAUGAGUCAUCCUCGCACAAUGGUUCAACUUCCAAUCAGAUGGCGAGAGUUAAGCAGGAGAAUGAUAGCAGCCAAGAACCAGCGCCAGAGUGCAGCACUGCAUGCUCUCCAACUGAUGAUGAUUUCAGCCAACAACAUUAUCUAAUCCCUGGCUAUAAUCUAAUAUUCAUCAAAGAGGAAGAAUAUGUUGAGCAAGAGGCAGAAGGAUGUUCAGUGGAGAGUGAAACGGAGAUGUGGCCUUCAAACUGCAGCACAUCUGAAACUGCCAAUGCAACAGAAGUGGGUGGACUGAAUGCACAUUCAAUCUCUCCCAUGGAAGAGUGCACUGAGCCAUCUGUGGCUGGCAAAAUGAUCAAGCUCUACAGCUGUGCUGACUGCAGCUAUAAAACUCCAUCGAUUACUAAUUGGAAGAGACACAUGAGAAAACACACUGGGGAAAAGCCUUUCAGUUGUGAGUAUUGCGACUAUAAAUGUACUCAAUCUGGUCAUUUGAAGGAACAUAUCAGAACACAUACAGGAGAAAGACCUUUCAGUUGUGAGCUAUGUGACUAUAAAUGUGCUCAAUCAAGUGCUUUGAUGAAUCAUAUCAAAACUCAUACAGGAGAAACACCUUUCAGCUGCGAGUAUUGUGACUAUAAAUGUGCUCGAUCAAGUGAUUUGAAAUCACAUAUCAGAACACAUACAGGAGAAACACCUUUCAGCUGCGAGUAUUGUGACUAUAAAUGUGCUCAAUCUGGUACUUUGAAAAGGCAUAUCAGAACACAUACAGGAGAAACACCUUUCAGCUGCGAGUAUUGUGAUUAUAAAUGUGCUCAAUCUGGUACUUUGAAGGAACAUAUUAGAACACAUACAGGAGAAACACCUUUCAGCUGCGAGUAUUGUGACUAUAAAUGUGCUCUAUCAAGUGCUUUGACAAGACAUAUCAGAACACAUACAGGAGAAACACCUUUCAGCUGCAAGUAUUGUGACUAUAAAUGUGCUCGAUCAAGUAAUUUGAAAAGACAUAUAAGAACACAUCAUAAAGGAGAAACAACUACUAGCUGAAAAUUUCUGACUUUACGUGUGCUCAUUCAAAUUCAUUUUACUGUGUUCCCAGUAAGGUGGUCAGUAAUAACAGGACAAGUGUGUUGAACAUGUGUGUGCACACAAAUGUCGUCCAUACAUUGUCGUGUCAUCACAGCUAAAGGCUACAACCACACUGAAAGCGGAUCGUGGCGUGGCGUUGAGGAGCGUCGUGAACAAUAUGUUAAGUAAUGAGCUAAAACACACUGCAAGCGUCUACUCGCAGAGCGGAGCGGAGCGUCAAAUUUUGGAGCAAGCUGGUUUGUUUUUUGGAGCGUCAAAGCGCGAGUUGCAUACUGAUGUACAUACUAGUAGUCUACUCUUGUACAUAAUAAUGCACUUGUUCUACUACAUUUUCUAUUACCAUCUACUAGUACACUAUUAUAUUAAAUUUAAUGUUUGCCCAAAUUCCCCUGUAAUGUGUAUUAUUUGCUUAUUCAAAAGAGAACAUUCAUCUAUUGCACUUUGAAAUCAAAUGCAAGGCUAUUCUAAUCCAUUUAAUUCAAUUUUUUAUGACACUCAUGUAAUAGCAUUGGUAGAUAAAAUAAUAAAGUAGUCCUUGUGCUAUUUUUCUUCCAAAUUUAUAGGUGACAA